AUGGAUUCUGGCUAUGAAGGAAGUGGAUCAGGCAAUAAACAGACCUCGAACUCUAGAACAGGCAAGAAGCCAUGCCAUCGACUCUCAACACAACAAAUACAGAAGCUUGAAGCCAAUCCAAAUUCAGAUAAUGCAAUUAAUAUUGAACAUUUUGAUUCUAGCUGCAAAUGUACUGAAUUAAAUAGUUGGUUCUUUAAGGAAUGCCCACAUCCACGUGAAAAUCAGAGGCGACAAUUGAGCAGGGAACUAUCACUUGAUCUCAAUAAGAUAAUGUUUUGGUUUCAAAAUAAAAGAACUCAGACGAAGGUUCAUCAAGAGAGAACAAACAAUAGCACCCUUCGAUCUGAAAAUGAAAGAAUGUAUUGUGAGAAUUUAGCAAUGAAAGAGGCUCUGAAUAACAUUAUCUGCCCAACUUGUGAUGGUCUAGGUCUUGGAAAAGAAGAGAGGCAAUGUAAUAUACAGAAAUUGAGAAUGGAAAAUGCCUUAUUGAAAAAAGAGCACGAACGAAUGCUUAACUCAUGUUCCAGCUUGAAGGGAGAAUUACCAACUUUGUUACAAAUGGAAUCUCUUGGCAUUGAUACUUCAAUGAGCGUUCCUGGAAGACCAUUUUUUGGUCGAGGGACAGGAUGCCCUUCUCUUGAUCCUGAACAAAUUCCACAGAGUUCACUAAAUAUCCCCUCACAGUUCCAAUUAAGAGAAAUACAGGAGAUGGAGAAGUCGAUCAUUAUUGGAACCGCUGCUGCUGCCAUGGAUGAAUUGGUGCAACUUCUACAAGUAAAUGAACCUGAGUGGAUCAAGUCUCCAAGAUAUGGUAGAUAUUUAAUUACUCGAGAUAGCCGUGACAAGCUUUUUCCCAAGGCAAAUCAUUUUAAAUCCUCUGGUUCCCAGAUUGAAUUUUCCAAAGAUUCUGGAAUCGUGGCAAUGGCUACCACAAACUUGAUUGAGAUGCUUCUUGAUUCGAAUAAAUGGAAAGACAUGUUUCCUACCAUUGUUACUAAUGCUCAGACCCUAGAAGUAAUUGAUUCAGGAAGUUUGGAUGGAUCUUUGUACUUGAUGUACGAAAAAAUGCACAUUCUAUCACCUCUUGUGGCACCUCGAGAGUUCUUUUUCAUUCGCUACUUUCGACAACUUAAUUCAAACAUGUGGAUAAUUGCUAAUGUAUCGUAUGAUUUCAUCAAAGAGAUACAAGAUGCUUCCUCUUCUCCAUCUUGGAAACUUCCAUCGGGAUGUAUGAUAGAAGAUAUGUCAAAUGGAAAAUCAAUGAUGUGGAUUCAUUCCGGAUUUGAUAGAUUUGAAAUGGAGAGAAGAACUUCAUGGUAUCUUGAUAUGAUCCGAGAUGUACCACCAAUGAUCAAGAAUUUGGUGAUUGAUUGGAAGAAACCAAAGCCAUGA